AUGGAUUUCCCUGCAGUUCAGAGUGAGCGUGAAGACAUCAUCUCUGAGAAAAUGGCCCAGACCAACCCCCUUACUGUUCCCCUGGGACCCUGGAAGCUCACAGUUUAUGACCAAGAGAACUUUCAAGGCAAAAGGAUGGAAUUUACUUCUUCAUGUGCAAAUAUUAUGGAUUGUGGUUAUGACAACAUAAGGUCUAUAAAGGUGGAAUGUGGAUCAUGGAUAGGAUAUGAGCAUACAAGCUUCUGUGGCCAGCAGUUUGUUCUGGAGAGAGGAGAGUACCCUAGAUGGGAUGCCUGGAGUGGAAGCAAUGCCUAUCACAUUGAGCGCCUGAUGUCUUUCCGCCCAAUCUGUUCUGCUAACCAUAAGGAAUCCAAGCUAGUUAUUUUUGAGAAAGAGAAUUUCAUUGGACGCCAGUGGGAGCUGUGUGAUGACUACCCAUCUCUGCAAGCCAUGGGCUGGAGCAACAAUGAAGUUGGGUCCAUGAAAGUACAAUGUGGAGCAUGGGUUUGCUACCAGUAUCCUGGUUACCGUGGUUAUCAGUAUAUCUUGGAAUGUGACCAUCAUGGAGGCGAGUACAAGCAUUGGAGGGAGUGGGGCUCCCAUGCCCAGACCUCCCAGAUCCAGUCUAUCCGACGCAUCCAGCAGUAA